AUGGUAAGGGAGGCAAAGAAUGAAAAUAGCCGUGGUCGUGGAGGUGGGCGUGGCUAUGGACGAGGACGUGGUGGUGGUGGAGGAUUCAACAGGGACUCGGCCAAUAAUGAAAAUGGUGGCAGGAAUGGGUUCUCCGAUCGAUACCAGCCAACUGAGGAUGGUGAAAAGGAAGCUGAGAAGCGUGGUUAUGGUGCAUCCUAUGGCUCUUUUCGUGGUCCUCGUCGUGGUGGCUUCAGCAAUGGGGAAACAGAGGAAGGGGAACGACCUCGAAGAUUAUAUGAACGCCGAAGUGGAACUGGACGUGGAAAUGAGUACAAGCGUGAUGGGGCUGGCCGUAGGAACUGGGGAGCUCCUGGUGAAGAAAUUUCCCCGGAUGUGGAAGAGCCUGUUGCUGAAAAUGAGAAGAUUAUUGCAUCAGAGCAACAAUUGGGAGAGGAUGGCGAUGUCAACGACAGCAACAAAGAGGAGGCUGUGAAGGAACCAGAAGAGAAGGAACCUGAGGACAAGGAAAUGACUCUCAAAGAGUAUGAGAAGCUCCGUGAAGAGAGUAGGAAACUGUUGGCAAAGACUGAGUUGAGGAAGGCUGAAAUUGAUGAAGAGUUGGAGAACAUGCAGCAGAUUUCCAGCAAGAAAACUAAUGAUGAAAUCUUUGCUAAAUUGGGUGCUGAUAAGGAUAAACGCAAAGAUAAUGCUGACAAGGAGGAGAAAGCUAAGAAGUCUGUGACCAUAACUGAGUUCCUGAAGCCUGCUAAAGGUGAGAGGUACUAUAGCCCCGGUGGACGUGGUAGGGGCCGUGGGCGAGGCUCAAGAGGUGGGCUCAAUAACGGCAACGGUGGCAACGGUAGCAACAGAAUGAAUGUGGCAGCCCCCUCCAUUGAAGAUCCAGGGCAGUUCCCUUCGUUGAGUGCUAAGUGAGGAUUUACGACUCUAAAAUCUAUUUUGUCACUACAUUUUUAAGUUUCUUGAGAUAUCAGAUCGGGAUUUUUGAGUUACAACGACCAACAGGAUUCUGAAACUCCCUCUAAUGCUCUGCUUCUAUGUAGUGUAUAUCUUGGAUGUUAUGUCUCAGUCGUCCUAAGUUAUGCAUCAAUUUUGAUUUUGUUGAAGGAUGUUUAUUAUUAUUAUUAUUAUUAUUUUAGUU